AAUAAAGUGUAAUAUUAUAAUAAAUUCUUCUCUUUCCGCUUAAACUACUUUGUUGAAUGCAGCAUAGGCGCGUCCCCGCGAGCUGCGCGCAACAGAUGCGGGAGCAGAGGCGGUAAAUAGGAAGCGAAGCAGAUGUGAACGUGCGGUCCAAGUUUAACCGCAACAGACCGCAACAAACCGCAUCCACCCUCACUUAUGUUCCACCGGACCCGCUCCCUCACCGGCCACAGACACGGAGCUGCCCGCUGCCGGGACCAGGACCGAGGCUGAAAACAUGGAGGCAGACAUUGUGAGCAUAUGGCCGCGCAUGGAGCCCUUCUUACUGGGCGCCCUGCAGGUGGCUCCCUCCUCCAAACUCAGCCUGCACUAUCUGCGCAAGAUGGCGACCUACGUGCGAACGAGGGACGGCUGCUUCCCAGUUCUGGGCUGGCCCAUGUGGAGGCACAUCGCCUGUGGAAAGCUCCAGCUUCCAGAAGACCUGGCGUGGCUCUACUUUGAGACUUUUGACCUUCUCACAGGCCACACAGCAGAGGAGAGGCUGGAGCGGGCGGAGUGUCUUUCCCUGUGCUCCUCCAAAAGUGAGCUGGACCAACAAAGGAACAAGUUGUCUGUGGACACGCUGCAGUUCCUCCUCUUCCUCUACAUCCAGCAGCUGAACCGUGUAUCUCUCCGCACCUCCCUGAUCGGUGAAGAGUGGCCCAGUCACCGCACCCGCUCCCCCUCUCCCUCAGACCGAGAGGCCAAGACGAGCUCCCAGAACAAGAACUGGGACGAUCAGGCUCACCUGUCGUUUGUGCAAAGUCACCUUGGUGAGAUUCUGGAGCUUCUGGUUGAACCAGGACAACUGUCACAAUCUGGACAGGCACUGAGAGACUGUCAGAUCUCCCUGGAGGCCGUGCGGAGUCUGGGUCUGCUGCUGGAGGGUUCGGUUUCCUGCGGCAGAGCUGUUCAGCCCGUCCACAGGCUGCUGACCAAAGGUCCAGUCCAGACACAAGCUGGCUACUCCACACUCAGUCGAUCCUUCUCCCUGCACACGUUGCUCUCCUGCCUCCAGCACAGCCUCACUCUCAACCCGUUUGGGAUUACCGCCUGCCUGCGCUCUGGCAAGAAACUGGCCUGGGCUCAACAAGUGGAGGGAGCCAUGAAGAGAGCCAAAAUAGCCAGGAACACCCACACGGCUCCGCCUGGCAGUAAGAUGGUGCUGAUGUCCCAGGUCUUCAAACAGACCCUCGCUAAAACCUCCGACAAGCUGACUGGUGCCAACAUUAAAAUCCACAGAUGCUCCGACGCCUUCAUCUACCUUCUCUCACCUCUCAGAUCAGUCAGUCUGGACAAAUGCCGCGACAGCUUAGUGGUUCUGGGUCCCGUUGAGACCAGCGUCCACAUUCACAGCUGCCACAACGUGCGGGUGGUGUGCGUGGCGGGCAGGGUCGCUGUCGGAGCCUCCUCACGUUGCACUAUCUACGCCUUGACGCCCAACCGGCCUUUGCUCCUGCCUGGAAACACAGACAUUACCCUGGGACCCUUCCACACAUUCUACCCGUCUCUGGAGGAUCACAUGGCCAGUGUGGGACUGGCUGUGGUCCCCAACGUCUGGGAUCAACCCCUGCUUCUGGGGACCGAGGGCCUCGUCAACCCCUUGCUCAACACGUCGUCCAACUCGGACCCCGGCUGUUACCGGCUGCUGCCCCCAGCAGAGUUCCACGCGCUGGUUGUGCCUUUCCAGAUGGAGGGCGACACGUGUGAGGUGCCCAGCGGUUUGCCUGCUCAGUAUCAGGCAGCUCUCGAUGAAAAGCAGAAGAGAAUACAGAACUGGCAGAAGACUGUGAUGGCGUCUCGGCUGAACAAGGAGCAAAAGCGACAGUUCCAGGAGUUGGUGGAAGUCAAGUUCCACGAGUGGCUCCUGGAAACGGGGAACAGGCAGGAACUCGACAGCCUCAUCCCUCCUGCGAUAGCCUCACCACACGACUCCAACAGGCCUGCGACCGACACACUCCGAGUCAACGAUACCACACAUAUUAGAAACGGACCGUCAGUGGGACAGUCUCCUAUGGCUUGUUGAGCGGUUGGGCUUCUCUCAUCCAGCAGGAUUGUUGUACCUGUAAGUUAGGGCAGCACACAGGGGCCACAUGAAGUGUUAAUGAAGUCAGGAGCUCCUGUUUGAAUCAAGUGUUAUUGUACAGGAAGUUUGUGGUUAUUACUCAGGCAGGUCUGUAGCUUCUACAGCAACUUGCAUCACACUCAUUGUUGAGAAGUAGUUAGUGCUGCUUCACAACUAAAGGCAGCUGCUGUUAAUUUCGACAAGUGUGUCGAGUCGAGGAGGGCGUGGAGUGGCAUGUGGUCAAACAGGAAGGAAGGUGUGGAGUUAAAAUAGCGCCGGCUUAUAAAGGGACAGUUUGGAAAAGGUUUCAUUUGUGUUUGCUGAGACAAAAUCGAAUAACUUAAUCUAACUUAAUAAUAAUAAUAAUAAUAAUGAUACUUUGACAACUGAAAUCCACUCGCCGCCCUUAGUUCUUGUGUAAACUCGGUAAACUAUGACAGGAACUUGCAGCACUUGUGAUUAUGUCUCUUUGGGUGAUGGCUGCUGCGCUAGGACGCUGUGGUGAUGUUCCUGGAGAAUCACGUGCUCUGUCUGAAGUGACCAUUCUUCCCAAUCUGUGCCCAUGUAUGUAAACGACUCACUAUUUUCUUUAAAAUAUAUAUUUUUCCAUUAACAGAGGCAUUUAAAGAUGGAGAUUGUAGAAGCUAAGUCAGUUCAGCACCUUUGCGAUCGAGGAUGUUAGUGCACCUACAGUUAUUAACUCAGGAUAUACUAUUUUUCUGUGUUAGAAAAACGAAAAGAAUAACGAAGGAAUAUUAACAUAAUUUAUUUUGUGUACCUGAACCGUCCGGACAUUAAGUCAUUACGUCAAUGACUGUGGUGUGGCCGUGCGCACAAUAUGAACGUGCAGCUUCCUGACAGCUGGUUUCUGCUCUGUGACUUUUCCUCUCAGUUCUAUGUUGAAACUGAAGUAGAAGAGUUGGCUCAUGUUUGCCAAGUGAAGCAAAACUUCACAGUCACCAGAUGUGCCACAAAUCC